AGAUACUGGAGCCAUGAUGUCAUGAGGAGAGGGGAGGCGUUUAGAGGACAGUGUUAUCCCUGUGGUGACUCUAACUGUGUGUGUGUGUGUGUGUGUGUAGGGCCAGGGGGCGAUCACAGAGAAGCUGAGGAGCUUCAGUAUGCACGACCUGACUCAGAUACCCCUCGACGAUGCAGCAGCCAAUCAGAUCUAUACGGCCCAUGCCGGCAACCCUGCCGUGAGCAGGAGGGCGCUCGCCGCAAACUCGACCGACAGAACAGAGUACUAUGAUCAGGAGGACAGGACAGACGAGGAGGAGGAACAACUUUUCUCAGAGGACGAGGCUGUCACCCAGAGAGGUCUGAGGAGGUCCCAGAGUGUCAAGAUCGUGCGCUCUAAAGCCCGCAAAGAUGCCCGUUAUGGAUCUCUGAAGAUCAAAGGGAAGCGGAGGCCGGUUCUGACUGCUGCUACCUACAGUGCCAUGUAAUGACCAGUCCAGGAGACGUGACUGCUGGCUGGUGCCAUGGAUGGUUUUCCUUCUGUAGUGCUCUACUGUUGACCAGAGCACGGUGGGUCCUGGCU